AGAGAAGUUUUUUUGGAGAUAUUAUAUAUAGGAAAAUAGGCGGGAAUAUUUGUGCAAUUAUUGCAUGCUUAGCAUUGUUUUACAAUUUACAAUACAUAUGUAGACACUAAUAGUGUCUUUUCCACGAUUUAGUGUUCAUGGUGCGGAGAUUACUGGGACAUUUGCUGCAAUUCCAGCGGCAAUUAGGUAGUACUACGCUUACAAUGUCAGCCUCAUCAGUCAAGGUAAAAAGUCCCUCCGUGCACAAUCUGGUGUGGAUAGACAUGGAGAUGACGGGUUUGGAUGUGCAGAAUGAUAAAAUCCUCGAAAUCGCCUGCAUAGUGACUAACAAAAAUUUAGAACUUCUUGAACCUGGAAUCGAUAUUGUUAUACAUCAACCGGAAGAAGUGUUAGGAAUGAUGAACGACUGGUGCGUGAUUAAUCACGGGAAAAGUGGUCUGACUCAGGCUGUAAGAAACUCCCGAGUAGGCUUGUCCGAAGCUGAAGAGAUUGUGUUGGAGUUUGUGAAAAAGCAUUGCCCACCGAAAGGCUGCCCACUGGCGGGUAAUUCGGUCUACAUGGACAGGAUGUUCCUGGCUAACUACAUGCCACGGCUGAACGAUUAUCUGCACUAUCGAAUCGUGGAUGUCAGCACCAUAAAAGAACUGUGUAAGCGUUGGAACGGAGCCGUUUUUAGCCGUGUUCCCUCCAAGCAGCUCAACCAUCGUGCAUUGGAUGAUAUCGGGGAAAGUAUAAAAGAGUUGCGGUUCUACCGGCCCUACAUGUUUGCCGACAAGAAGCCUUAGAACAGCUUAUUUUUGAAUGAGAUAUUUGGAAUCAGAUGUUAGAAUCAAAUUCAACGAUCGAAUAAAAAUUGUAUUGCUGAAUUCGCCAGAAAAUGUAAUGAGCAGUUCAUUCGAUCGAAUCUGCGUUACAAAGCAUUCAAUAAUACGAUUGUGCAGAGUUUACAGAAUAAAAAGCGUGAUAUGUUCUAUUACCGUACGGUUUAGCAAAUGUCAAA